AUGCAGCAAUCAAAACAUAGGAUACUAAAUAUUGUAUUCCUGAUAUUUGCUGCACUAGCAUGUAUUUCUCAAGCGCAAAAUUCAGAAUGGGAUGCUAUCACAAUGAUUGGAACAGAGUUUGCAAUCGUUUUUGGUUCCUCUCCAAAUUGUAAUCAUCCUGCAUUAAAAUGUGAGAAUGGAAAUGUUGUUGGAAUAUAUAUUGAUGCAUCCACUCCAAGUACAACAUCGACUUCGACUUCAACAACUCUCGCUCCCGCCACCUCUAUUACUGCGAUACCCACUCUUGGAACUUCAAUAACUGCGCAACCGGCUGGUGGAGCAUCUAUUAGUCCUAUUAGUCCAAUUACAGCAAAUCCAGCCUUGACAUCGGGACCAGCCACAACGAUGCCAUUUACAACGAUGCCAGCCACAACGAUACCAGCCACAACGAUACCAGCCACAACCUCACCAACCAUCACCACCACCACACCGAUUACCACAAGUGGUAGUACCGUUUCAACCACCGGAAGUACUACUUUUACAUCGGCCAAUCCAAUUACAGCCAAUCCAACCUCAGCCAAUCCAACUACAUCGACUACAGCCAAUCCAACUACGGCCAACCCAACCUCCACCCCACCUACCCUAUCAGGACUCACAACAUCGGGAGGACCAAUUACCUCUGGAACUGCAGGUACUACCUCUAUGCCUUCCACUAGUACUGGCUUCACUGGUACGACAGAUACUACUUCUACUACUUCUACUACGGCCACAACCGAUACUUACACAUCGAUAAAUAUAGGUACAGUACCAUCACCAGUCCCUUUAACGACUUCUCCUAUCGUAACUAAUACAUCUGUUGUUCCCGAUACAGUUUCAAUGAGUGAGCAAAAGAUUUGGUCUCCAAACCCAAGAGGAAGAAGAAUUUAUUCCACAACACUUUUUAAUAAUAAUCUAGUUGCCACCAAUUUGAGAUCUUUAGUAAUUAUUGGUAGACAAUCUACAAAUCCAAGUAGCUUGAUUUUAAAUAAGUUUUCUGCACCCAAUUUACAAAAUAUAACUUUGGAUUUAGUUGCAGGUUUAUCUCCAAUUUUAACAGCUAAUAUUUCAGAUGCUUUCCCAUCUCUUGAAAAUCUUGAAAUUACUGGUGAUGCCAUUGGAGAUAUUUUACCAGCAUCAUUCUUUGAACAUCCAAAACUUAAAAAUGUAGUUCUUCGUGGAUCUGGUAUUAAAUAUGAUAACAUUUUUGGAUCAACUUCAUUUAACAAUAUCAUUCAAACUUUUGUAAUGGAAGUUCCUUCUAUCUAUGGUACUUUUGUCACCAUGACUUCGAAUUCUCUACCAGUUUUAAAAAAUUUGGUAGUUUAUUACACCGAUACAGUUUAUAAUGCUCAAUUUAAUUUUAUGCAACUUCAAACAAUCUCUCUUAUUGGUUCAAAUCAAAGACCUUCCAUUACAAUUGGUGGUUGUAUUUUCACAAAUCUCCAAACUUUUUACCUUGAAAACUCUACUGUUCUAGUUGCCCCAAAUCUUUUGAAAGAUUAUGCUGUUUACAUUAAAUCAAUUGUAAUUAAGAAUACCAACUAUCAAUCACAAUCUACUUUAUUUUAUCCAUUAACCAUUCCAACAUUAGAAUUAUAUCAAGAAGAAGGUACCUCUCUACAAAAUUUACCAGAUCCAGCAUAUUUCCAAACAUUACCAAAAUUGGUAUUGAGAAACUUACAAUCAUUGAGUACAGGUAUUUCCAAUGCUAAAUACAGUUCAAUAAAGUAUUUCGAUGCAUCAAACAAUCCUAGUUUGACAAGUAGCGGAGGAUCUAUACCGUCGGAGCUGUGUGGUGUAAACUCUUUGAGUCUGGUCAACACGCAAGUCAAUCAGGUAGAUGGUUGUUUCGCAUGUUACAAAGAAUAUACUGCUUCAUGGUUCAAUGCAAACGCUCAAUUCAACAAUGCCGGUAGUGGUGCCUGUGGUAACAUCACCAAUCAACCAGCCAAUGGUUUUGCCAUUGCAAAUGGUGGUAAAAUCGAUAUCAUCGGUACAAGUCUUGGUUGGGGUGUUAAUGCAUCACCAGGAGUGUCCGUUAUCUCACCAAACACUCAUUUAACAUAUCAAACACUAGCUGAAACAACCAUUCCAGAAUCAGCAAUUACCAAAAUAAUUAAUCUUGGAUCAAAUGUUCAAGUAUCUGUUGUUUAUAAAGUAAUGACACCUGUAAUUAAAUUAGUACAAUUCACUCAAAAGGAUAAUGGUAUUGAGAUUACAAUCAGUGGUAUCAAUUUCGAUCUCAAUACAAGCUUUAAGGUUAAUAAUGUUGAUUGUGUUGGUACUAUGGGUGGAUCGAAUGCCUUCUAUAUAUGUACAGCUGCAGCAUUGCCACAAGGAAAGGUGCAAUUGAUUGCAAACAGCACAACCUAUGGUGCUUCCAAUUAUGAAACUAGCUUCACUCAAUCCUAUCCAAUCGUUACAUCUGUAUCACCGAUUGGUGAAGGCGAUGGUGCUGUAACCAUUUAUGGUAACUUUGGUAGCUAUCCAGCACCAACAGGACCACCAAUUGUUAUGGCCAGUCGUUACUUGAUGUCGACAACAGUUACCAACCAAAGAAACAUUACAGUUUUGGUCGGUGGUGCACCAUGUUCCAAUAUCACUCUCAACGAAUUCAAUCUUACCUGUAGUUUCACACCAAGUGGAUCCGGUCUGAAGAAACUCACUGUCAUCAUCGAUCAAUACACUUUUGAAUCAUCGUCAAUCUUGUAUGUCACUCCAAAUACUGCCGCGGUGUGUCCAGACGGUUGUGGUAGCGGUACCUGUAACAAUGGUAUUUGUUCAUGCCCAGCUGGAUUCAACGGUCCAUCCUGUAACUUCAAAUUGCCAUCGAGUGAAGAUCCCAAACCAACAAUCCAAACAUCCGAGAGUGAACCAGCUAGCACCUACGAAUUACUCGGUGUUCAAUAUAAAUUCAACAUGGUAUCUAUCCAGGAGAUCGACAGUGCCGAAGCGGUUGUCUCAGAGACUCUGCUCAGUGGAUGGACUUCGACAUCCGCCAGCAAUGCACAAGCCGAUUCUACUACUUAUAAAUCUGUAGUGUUGAGCGCCAAUAUCACUACGGUUAUCGAGAUCAACAAGGCAGAUAGACAAAUCGAAUUUGCAGGUAUCAACAGUACCUAUCAACCAAACUCAUUGAAAGCAUCGGUAACAAUCGAUGGAUGGGCAUUCCAAAACUCACUCAACUACUUAAAGGUUGUGUUUGCCACUCAGGUCUCAGCUGAUGACUCUCAAACCUGUGAUACCAGUAGUUCAUCAUCUAAAUCCGGUACAGAUUCACUCAAAUACCUCUCGAUUGAGCGUAACGGUAUCAUUUUCUACGGUCGUUUCCUCGAUCGAUCUUUAUCGGAUGGUCGUCCAGCAUACUCUGCCACCGGUAUUCUAAAUACCACUGAGGUUGGUGAUUCCUCAAUGACCUAUAUUUCGGUCAGUGUUCCACAAUGUACCAAUUGUAUUCUCGACCCAGAUUUCAGUAUGCUUAUCAACCCAGAUAAACCAACCAACGGUUGUGGAGGUGAUAACAAGAGAAGCUGGGUUAUCCCAGUUGCCGUAGUUGUACCAGUCGUCGUAAUAAGCGUUGGUGUUGCCGUCGCUGUUGUCCUCAUUAAAAAGAAGCUCUAUGUAUCGCGUGAUGGUCUCAGAUUCAGAUUCUCAAGAAGAGGUCAAUCAAGUAGAAACCUAGCAAUGCACCAUUUAUUAAUACCUCUAUGGAUAAAUAUUAAAACUUUAAUAUCAAUAGUAGAAAUUUAA